AUGCAAAACCAAAUACAUUCCUCAAAUUUUAAAUAGCAUAGAAAGUUAAUGAUUUUCAAUUAAAAUCAUGAUGCAUCUAAUAUCAUCUAAUCCUCAAAAAAUUAAUAAUUUAAGAACAAAAAAAAUAAAUAUUAUCCUCUUUUACACCUUUUUCCUGAUACUCCUCAAAGGAAUAUUAAAACAGAUAUAGAUUCUGAAAUUAAUAGAUACUUUUAUCCAUAAUAGAUCAAAAUAAAUCGAAGAUGUUCACAUUCCACCAGAAGAAGUCAAGCCGAGUAUAAUUUCAGUAAUAAUCAACUUUGUUCUUCCUUUCAGAAAAAUAAAAAAGAUUAAGCCUGUUAAACUUAUUUCUUAGACGAAUUUGUGACUGUAGAAAUUUGA